AUAUUCACUUAUUCACUCUAACCAAACAAUUAUUUGUUCAUGCCGGGUUAUCAACCAUCCGAUAGUUCUCAUUUUGUGGCCGAGACCGUUACCGUCUGAAUUUUCACGUACCUAACCAAUCGUCGUCUUUUAAUAUUAUUGUAUCCAUACAAAAAAUCAAAAUUGCUGUAAUUAAACGUUUACGGAUCAAAUGUCAGCGGAAAAUGACGAGCUGGUGGCAGCCACUGCGUCUGAAGUUCCUCCUGAAGAUACGUCACCCAAACAAUCAUCGCCGACCGUCGACUUAGGAGAAAAGAAACCUUUGGCGGUCGAACCGCUGACCGUUUUCUCGGACGAAUCGUACGCGUGCGACCGGCAAUACGCGAUUGUGCUCGCGCAACUCGUGUCGGUCAAAGAACGGGUCAAAGUUUACACGUGGAUCGAAAGAAUGGACACGAUGAAGGACAGCGACGAUAUGCGUGAAGAACGUGACCUAUAUUUGAAAUUUUUAACCGUGUCGCUGAAUAACGGCAAAUUGGUUCCACCGUUUACCAAGGAUCCGCCAGCGGGACUGCGCCCGCUCAGUACCAUCGUGCCCAGGUCCGUUUACAAUUUUAUCUUCAAAGGAAAAUAUAUCAAUGCCGAAUGCACCUUCCGUCCCAAGGAGGUCGUGGACAAGAAGUUCAGUCCGCCCUCCGAGGUCGAGCCUAGCCAGUUUUUUGCCCGACAGCCAGUACCGCACAACGGUGACGUCGUGUACGCCGCCGCGUUUAGCACUAGAAAAUGA